AGGCUGUUAACUGACAUCAACAGCAUAUGGCAAUCAUUCUGUAUGUGGAGGAAGACGUAGUUCAUGCCGUGCUCCAAGUGAUAUCUUCCAGAGAUAUAUUUCUAAACAUUUUAAUCAUACAAAUAUGCCGUAUUUAUAAUAUCUCUCUCUGCGAUUACGGAGCAAAGUGAAGAUCAUGAUAAAAAUGGAACAAAAUCACUAGUGAUUCUUGACAAACCUUUAAUGAUAAUGAAACUCUCAGGAAAAUGUUUGCGAAAAGGAAUAUUGAUCCAGAAUUAGAAAAGCUGAGAAACGAGGUGGAUGGACCACCGAAUUUGGACACGAUUAUCCUGAACAUCCAGAAGGAGUCAUCAUGCAUUCACGCUGCGUACUUGUUCGAGCACAUUGGCAAAGCUACGCUACAAAAAUUAUGCCUGCUGCUGAGUUCCACAGCAACAGGGAAGAUGUACAACGGAUGGCAAGAGUUUGCAGCGCACAUGGGCUUGACGAUGGAACAGAUACGAUGCAUAGAUUACGACUUCAAAGGGCUGCAGGAUCCAACGUACUAUGUGCUUCUGACUUAUGUGCAGUCUCCGGAAGCAACAGUGGACAAAAUUUUGAGUACUUUGCAAAAGAUGCAACGGCUCGACGUUAUAAACGAAAUCAAAGAUUGCGUGCAUGACUUAAUCAACGCUGUGUUGAAAGAUAAUACGAGCACUGAAUCUGAAAUAAUCCAACCUAGCUGUAUACCAAGAGCCCCACUGGUUCUGAGUCCAAUUUUAACAGGACAUUGUGAAAUCGAAGUAAAUAGGAGAGGCAUAUCGCAAAAUAGUCAACAGAAGACUAAACAGACGUACGGCUGUAUCGUUAUGCUUACUUUUGCGGAUGACGGUUUACCAACUGCGGAAGGCAUUGCGAAAAUAUUCAGAUCUAAGCAGCCACGGAUCGGCGUGCUCAUAUUGCAAGAGCAAAAGAAGGACGUCUACAGUCGAGCUGAGGAAUUUAUAGACGAUUGUUUCAAACAGGUCGAUUAUAUCGUACCGAUACUGACCAGGGGAUACAUUAAGAAAAUAAAUAAUACCGCAAAAACGUACGACGAGAUGUAUAACAGUCUGGACAUGAAAUACUUAAAAUACAUAUACUCCUUGUUGAGAUACGAAUACGCGAGAAAUCAAUGCUGCAACAAUCGCGUGAGAUGCAUCGUUCCCGAUAAGGAUGUUUAUACGGUUGUGCGAGCGGACUUACAUCCAACUCUGCAAGCGUGGUUUCGUGAGAGUGAUAUAGAUGGUUUCGUCAACAAUAUUCUCUUGCACAACUUUUAAGGAAACUGAAAGUGCUCGAAAUGGAAAUUGGAUAACGUAUGCUUUAGUGACAGAUUUUCUAUGAUCGUUCUAGCACAAUAUCUUUCUCAUUUUAAGACAAAUAGCAGGAUAUUUGAUUAAUUUUUAACGAAUUAUCUAAUUUAUACUGUGACCAAUAGAGCCUCAGCCAAACACCAAAAAA